GCUGUCCCAGCAGAGCUCCACCCACUAGCCUUGCUGUUGCCGAAGCAUCGUCAGACCACUCGGGAAAGAACUUGGAUUGAGGCUUUCAAUCCCUUUUAGCAAUCGACCGCAUCCCAACCGAACCAGCAACCCCGCCUCACGCAACCCAGUUGCCCGACCGAAGAAAAACAUCGAGAAGAAUCAGCGACCGAUCAAUUGACACAAUGGCCAUCAAGCCCAUCGUUGGUAUGCUCCGUAGGGGCCUCAUCCUCGACCUCUCAAUUGGUCUCAGUCUUGGAACUGCCAUGGGCAGCCUCUACUGGUACGGAUACCACGUCCCGCGCACCAACAUGCGCGACAACUACUACAAGAAGCUCGAGGACCAGAGGGCUGCUGCGCGUGCUUGAUUGAGUGGAAUUGUGGGCCGUGACGACGAAAAGAACAGAGAGAAGCUCGUUGGUGGAGAGUGACGAAAUAGACGUGAUGGGUUUGCCGAGAGUCGCAGCUGGCGAGGUAGAGCUAUAGACGGAGUCACAAGCAAUUCGCAUCCUUACUUUUCUUUGUCUCGUGCAAUUGUCUUCAUAGCAAGCCUCUGAUCUUUUGGAUGUGACUGAAUAUGCAGAUGCGUUGGUGGAUAUGGCUUGUCUAUCUAGGAAAUACAUGGAGCCAAGGCAUGUAACUCGUUGGGUCUCGACGGCAUCCGGACGCGUACAUGACUGGCGGCGAGAGUCAUCUGGUGUGGGAUACUUGACAUAUGAAAGAAUCCCUAGUGAAAUGAUGCAUGAAUACCCACUUGAGUACAUAGCACACCGCGAAACCAGGCCAGGCUUAGGGUGGUCGAAAGGACAUGAACGAUCAUCGGCGAUGGGGUCCAUAGAUUUGCAAGAUUCUACAGUAGGUCUAGGUCAUAGUAGGUAUCUCAGCUCCAGUACCCUUUAUGCCAUGCCGAAGCUUUCCCGACCACUGAC